AUGAGCAGCUUCAAGACUCUGGUGGUGGAUGCCCACCCCCACGGCAUCGCCAAUGAGAAGACGGGGACGUUUUGGACCGCCGUUAUGCACAUAUUCUGCGGCAUCGUUGGCGCUGGAGUGCUGGCCCUCCCCCACUCCGUGGCCUGGCUGGGAUGGGUCGGGGGCCCCUUCAUGAUCAUCGUCUUCUGGCUCAUCUCCUGCCUGACCAGCUGGCUGCUGGCCGACGCCUACGAGGUCAACGGCGUGGAGAAUGGGCGCUACCACCACGCAGUGCGAAACAUCCUGGGCCAGCGCUACGGCGUCAUCGUGUCUGUUUUCCAGCUGGCCAAUAUCUUCCUGAUCAACAUCACCUUCAGCAUCACCGGCGCCACGGCCAUGGCCGCCAUGGGGACGCUGGUGUGCGGCGGGGGGGCCUGCUUCGACAGCAUGUGGAAGAUGUCGUGCAUCUUUGGGGCGGUGGAGGUGCUCCUCUCCCAGGUGCCCUCCCUGGAGUCGGCCUGGUGGGUGUCCACCCUGGGCGUCGUGACCUCCACUAUCUACUCCACCAUCGCCCUCGCCCUGGGCAUCAAGAACGGUGGGCUGCGAGUCCUGUACCAUCCGACCGGCGCCUUCAGUGCCCUGCUCUGGUUCGUGGAGAUCAGCAUGGGCAUUGUGUGUGCAUGCGCCACAGUCGCCUCGGUGCGAGGCAUCAUCCUGAACUGGACCACCUACAAGCUUUUCGCCAGCUAG